AUGAUUCUGAGCGAAAAGGUCAGUCCCGACUAUACCAACGACGUGAGCAAAGACUUUCUACCGUUCAAAAACGAACAAUACAUGUUCACCGCAGUUAUUCAAGCUGCCGAUGAAGCCACUUGCUCACCUGAUAGUUCAUUUAUUUUCGAAACAAGAUUGAAAUUGUACUUUUCAGUGAACCUGGAAUGUCCUGAAGAAUGGUUCCGGAUAGAUAGGAGUGACUCGACGGUUUGGUGUAUUUUUGUGAGUUUUCUCAUGGAUUUUGAGCAAGUGAGAAAAAAUGCGCUUUGCAAUCUAUGCUAGAAUCUUUUUAGAUCCAAAUCAAAGCACGAAAAAAAGAGAAAAGACGAGAAAUAUAAUAAAUUUACCACUGAGCUGACGUCAAAUACACUGUUUUGUACGCACUUCAGCGUGUGAUCACACUUUUCUAGCCUACAGUAACGGAGGAAGAAAAAAAUUCAUAUUCAUAACCCGUUUUCCCGAAAAAAAGGGUUUUUUACAGUACACCCUACCUACCGAGGCUCAAUGGAGUACCGCGGAAGACGCCUGUGUCGCCUCCAGAACACAUUUGACCGGAUUUGAGGAUCUUCAAGAAUAUAACGUUUUUGUCGGUAGGCGAAAAUCCGGUUUAUUCACCGAAUUUCCGCUACAGAUUACAUGAACGAUGGUAAAAAGGAUGGACAAUACUUCAUCGGCGCCAAAAAGAAGGCCGAGUGCACAACUUUGGACCCCGUCCAAACAAAUCCCUGUGGUCUUUUGAAUGUUAGUUUUUCUUCAAAAAUUCUACGGAAAUUGAAUAUUUUUAGGCUUUUACCUGGUUCAACGGCGUCGCUACAAAACCACUAAUUUCCGAAAAAUGGGCACCGGGUAGUCCAAACUUCUCCAAUGGAGAUUGCGUCGCUUAUGUCAAGGUUUUUUUCAAAAUGGAAAAAGGAUUUUUAAAAAAAUUUUUCCAAGGGAGAACCAAUUCCCGAUGCUGCUUCUCCAAUGAACGGCUUUCUCAGAACUGUCGAGUAA